AUGGGAGGGUGGGCUAUAGCGGUGCAUGGUGGCGCUGGUGUCGACCCAAAUCUCCCACAAGAGAGACAAGAGGAGGCCAAAAAACUGCUCACUCGCUGCCUUGAUCUCGGCAUCUCUGCCCUUCGUUCUAAUCUCCCUGCUAUUGAUGUUGUCGAACUUGUCGUGAGAGAAUUGGAAACGGAUCCUUUGUUCAAUUCUGGCCGUGGAUCUGCGCUAACAGAGAAUGGAACAGUGGAAAUGGAAGCCAGCAUAAUGGACGGGCCCAAGAGAAGAUGUGGUGCGGUAUCAGGUUUAACCAUGGUUAAAAACCCAGUCUCUCUUGCAAGACUUGUCAUGGAGAAAUCUCCUCAUUCUUAUCUUGCCUUUUCUGGCGCCGAGGAAUUUGCCAGACAACAGGGUGUCGAGGUGGUGGGCAAUGACUAUUUUAUAACGGAAGACAACGUGGGGAUGUUGAAACUAGCGAAAGAAGCCAACUCCAUCUUGUUUGAUUACAGGAUCCCAGCCGUUGGAUUGGAAAGCUGCAGUGUGGGUGCUGCUGCUGACUGUCCCUUGGUAAUGAACGGACUCCCAAUCAGCGUGUACGCGCCAGAAACAGUUGGGUGUGUUGUUGUGGACGGCCAAGGAAGGUGUGCUGCUGCCACUUCAACAGGUGGGCUGAUGAACAAAAUGACAGGUCGUAUUGGUGACUCACCCCUGAUCGGUGCUGGGACCUACGCAUGUGAUCUCUGUGCGGUCUCUUGCACUGGAGAAGGGGAGGCGAUCAUACGUGGGACGCUAGCACGCGAUGUGGCGGCAGUGAUGGAGUACAAGGGAUUAGGCUUGCAAGAAGCUGUGGAUUUUGUUGUAAAUGAGAGGCUUGAUGAAGGGCAAGCUGGGUUGAUAGCAGUGUCUAGAAAUGGGGAAGUGGCGUGUCGUUUUAACACCAAUGGGAUGUUUAGGGCAUCUGCCACUGAAGAUGGGUUCAUGGAAGUUGGUAUUUGGGAAUGA